ACGAUAUAUCUCUCAAGUGCGACACGCGAUUUCGCUGUUUCCGUAUUCCAUUUCUCCUUAAAUUUCAUGAGCUUGGCUUCCCGUGGAUUCUUCAGGAGCGAGCUUCCAUGGCGAAAGUGGAAGAGACGAAGCUCGAAGAAUCUCCCCAACGCUACAAGCUUCUUCUCACAUGUCCUUCAGGCCUCUCUCCGUCUCAGGUUUCGGUUGAUUUCUCUGAAGCGUAUGACCGGAUUCCUCAUCCGGAUCGUGAUCUCGAAGAUUCUAUUGCUCAGAUAUGGGAGCAGAGAACAUAUGGAAAUUCAUCAUUGUUCAAUGGCCAAAAGUUCAGGUAUGGAUCCUAUGUCUUGGAUUAUGAUGUUGGGUCCAAUGAAGUGUCGAACGUUUGCCUUUGCCUUGGCCUGACGGAUUAUAGGACUUUUGUGGGGACAAAUUUGAGUCCUAUGUGGGAAAGGUUCCUAGUUCCAUCAAGAGAUGACUCCAUAAGAUGCCGGCAUACCUCCAGUCCAUUGGGUAAUGGUGCAGUUAUGGAGACUUCUGACAAGAAAAUCAUUGUCUUAAGGAGGAGUAACAAUGUCGGGGAAUUUCCGGGACACUACGUCUUUCCCGGGGGACAUCCAGAGCCAAAAGAAGUCGGCAUAACAUCACACCAGCUUAGCAAGGAUUUAGAGACUCGGCAACUAAUUAACAAGAGGGUAGCUCAGGAAAUGUUUGAUAGCAUUAUCCGAGAAGUAGUUGAAGAGACUGGAGCACCCCCAUCGUCCCUCAGUUCCCCUCUAUUUAUGGGAAUAUCAAGCAGGGAGUUGAAUGUGAGACCAGCUGCGUUUUUCUUCAUAAAGUGCAGCCUUAAUUCAGAAGAGAUUCAGAGAUUGUAUACUAGUGCUGAAGAUGGGUAUGAAUCUACCCAGCUCCAUACCGUAUCCCUGACGGAGUUGGAGAAAAUGACAUCUCUAAUGCCGGGAUGCCAUCACGGGGGAUUUGCUCUUUUCAAACUGAUGCUUGAACGUCACACAAGCUAACGGUCUUUUCUGUCUCUCUUUGUUUCCCAUCACCCUAACUAUAGUUAUAUUUACUGUGUGGCCAUCUAGGAUUUCGGUUCGGUUAUCUUCAUAAAUUCGGUUUUUUCAGGUUUUUAAAAUUUAAUAAACAUUCGAAUUUUAUUUUAAAUUCGAUCCGAUUCAAUUGUAUUUCAGUUUUGA